AUCAGUUAAAAUCAAGUUGCAGACAUGAGAGUUAACGAAAUGAAAGGAUUGCUUCUCUAUGACCAACAAUGUAUCCGCUGAUCAGUUCAAACAGCAGACAGAAUGAGGUUUAUCAGUUGCUUCUUGUGUAUGUUGUAUGUGUCCACAAUGUAUGCCGAGGUCAUCUACACUAACAUUUGGGCGCUACAUUUGAAUUGCACUCCUGAACAAAUCAACAAGAUUGCAAAGAAGCAUGGUUUCCAUAACCUGGGAAAGAUAUUUCCAGAUGGCAACUAUUACCAUAUGGAGCAAAGACAGGUGGCAAAACAAUCAUUGCAGGCACACUAUUUGCAUAAUCUUAUAUUCAAAAUGGACCCUAAGGUGCUUUGGUUUGCACAGCAAUCUGGAAGGAGUAGAAAGAGAAGACACUCUUUCACAGUACCAACUGAUCCAUUUUUCAAUCAGCAGUGGUACCUGAGUGAGGCCUUUAAUCAGAAUGUGGUGGCUGCAUGGGCUCGAGGCUACACAGGAAAAGGGGUGGUGGUGUCCAUCUUAGACGAUGGCCUAGAGACAAGCCACCCAGACAUUGCUGAAAAUUAUGAUCCACAGGCUAGCUAUGACAUGAACGAUAAUGACCCCAACCCAGACACCCAAUACACUCUGACCAGACCAAAGAGGCAUGGAACACGGUGUGCUGGGGUGGUGGCAGCGGUGGCAAAUAAUGGGGUGUGUGGGGUUGGAGUGGCAUAUCAGGCCAAGAUCGGAGGAGUUCGGAUGUUGGAUGGACAAGUGACUGACCUGAUAGAAGCCAUGUCCUUAAAUUUGAAUCAGCAACACAUUGACAUCUACAGCUCCAGCUGGGGACCUGAAGAUUUGGGGACGAAUUUGGAGGGGCCAAACACAUUGGCCCAAGAAGCCUUUAUCAGAGGCAUUACCAAUGGCCGAGGUGGCUUGGGUUCCAUUUACGUCUGGGCUUCAGGCAAUGGGGGUGCCAGCUUUGACAACUGCAACUGCGAUGGCUACACCAACAGCAUUUACACGUUGUCUGUUGGUAGUACCACUGAGAGGGGAACAUUGCCCUUCUACAGUGAACCCUGCUCUGCCAUUCUAACAACGACCUACAGUGGUGGCAGCUUUCAUCACCGCAGUAUUGUCACCACCGACCUGCAUCAAUCCUGCACCUCAGACCAUACUGGGACCUCUGCCUCUGCCCCUCUGGCUGCUGGGAUCAUUGCACUGGCUCUGGAGGCAAACCCGACACUCAACUGGCGUGAUGUGCAACACCUCGUGGUGCGAGCAUCUAGACCGGUAGAUCUUCGAACGCAUGAUUGGCGGACCAAUGGUGUUGGAAGACCUGUCAGCCAUUACUAUGGAUAUGGGCUACUGGAUGCAGGGAGACUGGUGGAGUUGGCCAGUAAAUGGAAAGCAGUCAAACCUAAAAGGAAAUGCACCAUUGACCUCAUUACCAGAGCCAUUGAACUCCGCAGGAAACUGACAUUGAGGUGGAAUGUGACAGCUUGUCACGGCACCAGGAACUGGAUUCGGUCUCUGGAGCACAUCCAGGCCCGUCUUACACUGACCUAUAGCAGACGUGGAGAUCUCUCCAUCACCCUCAUUAGCCCAAAGAAGACCAUCUCCAAUUUACUCACAACCAGGCCUUACGAUAAAAUGUCUACAGGUUUCUCAGACUGGACCUUCAUGAGUACACACUGCUGGGAUGAGGAUCCCUGCGGAUAUUGGGUUCUACGGAUAGAAAACAAGGGAGAUUCAACCAACAGAGGUACACUGACGAAAACAAAGAUGACCUCCACAUCCGGCUUCUUCUCCUGCGGGAUCGUAUGA